UCGGUCGGUUUCGAGCUCCUCCCCGAUCAGUUUCAGGGCCCUCCUUGGGUCGGUUUCAGGGCCCGCUCUGGCCCCUGGGGCUGCCCCUCCCCCAGCGGUACCUGCCAGCUGGAGCCUGAGCCUGAGCCUGAGCCUGCUGCCGGUGUUUGCUGUACACACAAUGGCUGCUACAUUUCCUAUACUACAGCAGUGACUCCACUUUGAAAAAUACUCCGUUGGCUGUGAAGUGAUUUGGGAUGUUCCAGGAGCGUGAAAGGCACUAGAUAAAUGAGUGAAGCGGCCAUGGAUCCAGGGAGCAAUGUGCUGUACGUGGACUUCCCCAACUUCAGCAGCCACCUCCUGGAGAGCCUGAACCAGCAGCGGCUGGAGGGCAAGUUCUGCGACAUCUCCAUCCACGUGCAGGGCAAGGUGUUCAAGGCUCACCGGGCAGUGCUGGCCGCCUCCUCGCCCUACUUCCACGACCAGGUGCUGUUCCGCAACACCAGCCGCCUGGUGCUCCCGGGCGUGAUGGACGCGCGGGCCUUCGAGGGCAUCCUGGCGUUGUGCUACGCCGGACGCCUGGCCGUGCCGCAGGCCGACAUCGUCAGCUACCUGACGGUGGGCAGCUUCCUGCAGAUGUGGCACGUGGUGGACAAGUGCACCGAGCUGCUGCGGGAGUGUCAGGCCCCGGCCCCGGCCCCAAGUGGCCAGCGGCCGUGCCGUGUCACCGACAACCAGUCCCCGAGCAGCAGCAGCAACAACUACUUCAGCCCCCGGGAGGCCAGGCCCGAGGCCGGGGAGGUGACCCCGGCCAAGGCGGACCCUCGCGAGGAGGGGGAGGAUGACGAGGACGAGGACGAGGAGGAGGAGGAGGAGGAGGAGGAGGACGAGGACGAGGAGGAGGAGGAGGUGGAAGACGGUGACCAAGAGGCGGCCAAGGCUAAGGAGGUGGAGCAGAAGGUCACCAGUAACCAGGGAGGCCCAGGCAGUGGUGAGGUGUCGGCAGGGCGGUUGCCAGACAGCCCGUGGCCCCAGCCGGCCUACCUGCAGCCCAGCAUCGUGCCACACAAGCGCUGGGUGCACGUCAAGAAGGAGAAGCCGGACGAGGGAGACCUGGUGCUGACCUGCGAGGAGGACGAGCAACACUUUGUGAAGGCGCCGGGCCGACGGCGCAGCGAGCCACAGCUGCUCAGCAUCAGCGACGUGUGCACCCUGGCCGGGCCCGAGCCCCUGGGGGCCGAGGAGCCCUCCUUCGACGAGCAGAUCGACUACUGCGGCUCAUCCGAGGACUUGGCCUACGAGCCGCUGGACGAGGGCGCGCCGCGAGCCUACCCGGGCCAGGCCCCCGGAGGACAGCUGUCUGCCUACCACCCCCGGGGGGACACUCACCACGGCGCGGUGCAAGCGGCGGCUGGCAGCCCAGGACCUGGCGCCAAGCUGUUCGCUUGCCACUGCGGCAAGAGCUUCACCCACAAGAGCCAGCGGGACCGGCACAUCAACAUGCACCUUAACCUGCGGCCCUUCGGCUGCACCAUCUGCAACAAGAAGUUCAAGAUGAAGCACCACUUGGUGGAGCACAUGAAGAUCCACACCGGCCUCAAACCCUUUGAGUGCCACGUCUGCAGCAAGAAGUUCAUGUGGCGUGACAGCUUCCUGCGGCACAAGGCGGCGUGCGAGAAGCUGCAACGGGCGACCACCGCCAACCCGGACAUCAAUUGAGCGGGGGACACGGUGAGGUGGGGGUUGGGCGGUGGUGGUGCAGGGGAAGAAGAGAGGCAGCGGCCGGUCCCCUGACCCCUUCCUCUUCCCUGACCAUCCUGCCCACCUGCCGGCUCAAGCCUCUUCCCAAGCUACCGGCCAGCACUCAGCCUGUUCCCCUUCUCACGUUUUUAACCAUCAGGUGAGUGAGUCUCUCCAGGAUCUUGGCUCCAGCCUGCCGCGUUUCUCACGCGGCUCUUUGCUGCCACUAUUUCCUGACGUGUCCCUGCUACAGGACCAGUGGCACGCUUGGUUUGCAAAUGGCUUUUGCGGUGCAGUGUUGAAAGCGUCCCUACCUUCGAGCCAGAAGGCACCGGGUCCAAAUCACCUCCAGGCCCCCUGCCCUGCUGCAGAGGUGUGUAACAAAGCCUCUGAAUGGGUUGAUUAGAAAAUUUCUGUGAAGUAUUGACCGGGGCCUCAGUGGUAGAGCAUCUACACCUCUCCCCCGCCUCCCCACCAACCCACUGACUCUUCCUAAUCAAAACCUGUCAUCUCGGUGUGUGAAAUCGAGCGGCAGGUUGGUCAUUCAGAAAGGGCAUGGGCGGGCAGAUUGGUUGGAGUUGCAGGUCCGGUCAGAUCAGAUGAGGCACCCUUGGUCAUCCGAAACCGGCCAGAUCGAGUGGCUGGUUCGGUUCGAUACAGAGAAAUGGACAGGCAACACCGGAAGGACAGUCCAGUGCCGUGUAUUGUGUGAAUUGUGUUGAAACAGCCAUUGGGAUGUUGAGCAAAACUUAGGGUAGAGGUGAAGUAGAAGAGAGAAGGCAGGUGUAUGCUGUUCUGGCUGGAUCAUAUGGCCAGUGUUCCAUUGGGUUUUGUCAACAAAAUAUGAGGACGACCCUGAAACCUCUUAGGCCAGAAGAGAGAAGAGCCGACAAGGCUGAUGGGUCAGCUAAUGUCAGAGGCUGAGAUUUAUGUGGAAGAGCAGGAAAUAAUGUGGACUGCUUGAGCUUUUAAGAGACGGACUUGAGGGCUGCAUCUUCAGUUGCCAAGCUGUGACAUUCCCUCCUUCCUGCUUUAAGAUGUUCCUUAAAGUUGGCUUCGUUGGCUAAGUUUUUAGCAUCGCUCUCCCUGAUAUGUGACUCAGUGCCAAUUCUGUUGGUUUAGCCUCCUGGGAAGCAUGUUGGAGACUUCAUGUUACACUAUUUGAGAAGUGAGGUUCCAACAGCGUGGUGCCAAAUUUAGGGAGUCCUGUCUUCUGGCCAUUCACUGAUUUAUUUUGAAUUAUAUUCUUGAUAAAAUAAUAGAAGCAAAAAGAAAAAACCUUGGGUUUAGCUGAGAGCUAUACAUAGAUACUGUGAUGUGGGGUGUUUUGUGUAAACUCUCUAGAUGCAUUAGGUCAAAGGUCAAGGAACUACCUUGACCUCUGACUUUCCCUUGAUAGAGUAGAUUGAUGUGAACUGUUCUGGCAACAGAAAACAAGUUGGGUAGGAAAGCCUAUGGAGGUUAUAAAGCAGCCAACUUUGCAGUGCUGGUAAAUUGCACUGAGUAGUCAGGUAAUUUCCUGUUGUGCCAAACUCGCCUCAUACCCUUUAGUACCUAGCUCAGUCAGUUGAAAUGUAAACAUUUGUCGUCCUGCAAUAAACCUCUUCCUGUGCAGUUCAAGUGCAGCUUCCUUUGGUUGCUCAGCCUGGAAUUGAACUGCACGGUCCAGGACAGCCCUCAGUCUAAACCAUGAGUUGCAGCUUAACAAGAAAAAGGAAGAGAGAUUUUCAGAGGUUCCCCAUUCCCAGCUGCUUUUGAGUGACUUUCUGUAAAAGGAGGGGACUGCUUUGGGAUCUGGCUUUUUGCUCUAUUUGCCUUGGAUUUCAAAAAAAGUCAUUAUGGAAGGGUGAGAUUGGAAAGCCGAAGGAAGUUUGGCAUAGGGAAGAGGGAAAAAUAACUUGUUGGUAGGGGUCACAGAUUGAAGAGGUAAAGGGAGGCAGAGAGGUUUAUGAGAGAGAGCACAGAGGCUGUUGAGUUAACCAGGAGAAGAUCUUGGAGUCGUAAAGUAUCGCAGCUUGGAAAGAGGGCCUUUGGCCCAUUGAGUCUGUGCCAGUCAUCAAACACCUUUCUACUCCAAUCUCAUUUCCCAGCACUUGAUCCAUAGCCUUGUGUGGUAUGGUGUUUCAUUGUUCAUCUAAAUGCUACUUAAAACAUUGUAAUGUUUCCUGCCUUUACCUCCCUCUCAAGCAGUGAGUUCCACUCUGGGUGAAAAAAUUUCUGCUUAAGUCCCCUCUAAACCACCUAUCCUUGCCUUAAAUCUAUGCCCCUGGUAAUUCCCCUCAACUAAGGGGAAACGUUUAUUCUUAUCGACCCUAUCCAUGCCCCUCAUAAUUUGUAGACCUCAGCAGGCUCCUCUGUCAGUCUUCUGUGCUCUUAAGGAAAACGACCCUAGCCUAUCCUAGUCUCUCUUCAUAACCGAAUCACUACAGUCCAAGUGACAUUCUGGAGAAUCUCAUCUGUACCGUCUCCAGAGCAGUCACAUCCUUUGUAUGGUCAGGGAACCAGAACUGCACACAGUAUUCCAGCUGUGGCCUAACCACUGUCCUAUACAGCUCCAUCAUAAUCUUCCACCUCUUGAAUUCUGUGCCUUGACUAAUAAAGGCAAAUAUCCUAUGUGCCGUCUUAGCCAUCUUGUCUACCUGUUCUGUUGUCUUCAAAGAUCUUUGGACGCGUACACCAAUGUCUCUCCAAUCAUUUGUAAUACCAGGGUCCUACCAUUCAUUGUGUACCCCCUUGCUUGUGAGUUCUUCCAAAAUGCAUCACUUCACACUUUUCAGGAUUAAAUUUUAUCUGCCAUGG